UUCCACAAGAACAUGGGCGGCCUCGCUCGCAUGCGCUCCCUGCUCCCAAACGCCCACUACGGUGAUGAGGAGUAUGAUGUGUUUGUGCUGCGCCACGGGCGGCGGCACCGCAGCGCGGAGGAGUACGAGGGCCGGCGGCAGGUCUACCAGGAAAACAAAGCCAAGGUGGCCCAGUGGAACGACCGCAGCGAUGCCCACAAGCUGGACGUCAACCACUUUGCGGACUGGACUCAGGAGGAGUUUGAGGCGGUCAUGCUGCCCACCAAGGGCAGGAAGGAGCGGCCCAGCCUGGGCAACAUGCCGUUUGACAACGCACGCGUGAAGCUGCACAAGCCCACGCUCGCCAAGCACCUCCUGCCCUCCACCGUGGACUGGAGAGGAACGCCUGCUGACAGCCCUGUCAAGGACCAGGCCGCCUGCGGCUCCUGCUGGGCGUUUGGGUCGGUGGCGUCGGUGGAGGCGGCGUACUACAGGGAAACGGGGAACCAGCUUCUGCUGUCGGAGCAGCACUUCAUCGACUGCGCAUGGGACGCCGGAAACACCGGCUGCCUUGGCGGAUUCCAGCCCCUCGCCUUCAACUGGAUGGCCGACGUCCUCGAGCUGGCCACUGAAGAGGCAUACCCGUACGAGGGGGUGACCAACUUCUGCAAGAAGACCAUCACCGACAAGGUCACCUUCAAGAAGUUUUCGCAGGUGUGGGUCAAUGCAACGGAUGAGCUGAGCCAGGAGGAGGCGGUGAUGGAGGCAAUUUACACCAAGGGACCCAUGACGGUGUCAGUGAAUGCCGAGGGGGAGGACUGGCGCUUCUACAAGUCCGGCGUGUACAACAACACCCGGUGCUCCCCCAAGCUCAAAGCACUCGACCACGCCGUCGUCGUGAGCGGGUAUGGGGAGACAGAGGGAGGGGAGAAGUACUGGAUAGUGAAGAACACGUGGUCAGCUAAUUGGGGGGAGAAGGGAUACAUCCGCAUCUCCAGGGACCCGGCCUAUGACUGCGGCAUUGCCACGCAGGCCAUCUACAAUGAGAUCGAGCUUGCAAAGUGAUGUCCUGUUCUGAAAUUCUGCGCACGCCUAUUCAGCACAGCACUCCGUGGGAUUUCUUCGUUGAUUGAAUGCUGACUUGGGAGAGCCGCUGUGAGAUUGGACACAAAAAGUUAUGACAUGGUUGAGGCAAUUUUGGCGAGCCCCAAUAUUUUUCGAUAGUUCCAGUAUUCUUUUGACGGGGACUUGUUCAUUGCUUAUGCUCUUUGCGCUGGUUUGAUUGCAAUUAAACGCAAGACUGUUUGCAGCAGGCGGCGUGCACUGCUGUCAUGGCUUGAAUGACGCGUAUGACUCUGACAUCAAACUAUUGUGGGAAUGCUGGAAUGAUGUUAACCAGGAGUUUGGUGUAACAGCUGUGAUGGGAUU